GAGCGCGCACAGGCGAUCCGCUACGGGGCUGCGAGAGCUACGGAGACACUCGUGCUUCCCAGGCUGCUGCGUGCAGGACGCUGUGUAGUUUAAAAUCGCUGUCACAUACGAACCUGCUUAAGAGAGCAGCAGGGAACUUUGGCGAAGGACCGAAUGACAUUUUUGGAUAGGGGAAGAGCGUGCUGAGGCACGCGUCCUGGACAGCGGAGAAGAUUCGCAAGGUGCUUCGGGACGUCUCGAGGAGCUAGGGAGGAGUCGCUAACUUGCGGGUUGGACGCGUCCUAGCUGCGUGCAGCACUUAGCCGCGUUUGCGUCUUGGAAAGGUUUCUUUUUACGCAGACGUCGUUCGGCAUGCUCGUAGCCAUUCCGUGCGUACCGAGUAACGCUGGCAUCGUAACUCGGCGGCGCUGCGCUCGGAGUUUCACUGAUUAGUUCCCAUUCUGCCAGUGUGGCGGAUCUCCGUCUUUGCCAGGAAAACCACUAUGACUUCGCCGAAUACGCUCACAUCUCAACUCCCUUUAGUCAACCCCUAAGCAAGAGAGAAAGCGUGCUGCCGAAAUUAAGCGGAAAACUUCCCUGUCUUGAGAAUCGCAGCUUCUAUCCAGACGCGGAGCGUGUGUCGUGGAGUGUACUAUGACAGAAUGGGUCCGUUAGCGUGGAUCUUUCUCUGUGGAUUAUUUUACUUUCAAGCUGAUGGGUCCCGCCUGCGGCAAGAGGACUCCCCGCCCCGCAUCAUGGAGCACCCCUCCGACCUGAUCGUGUCUAAGGGCGAGCCCGCCACCCUCAACUGCAAGGCGGAGGGCCGGCCCACGCCCACCGUGGAGUGGUACAAGGAUGGCGAGCGGGUGGAGACGGACCGGGACGACUCUCGCUCGCACCGCAUGCUGCUGCCCAGUGGCUCCCUCUUCUUCCUCCGUAUCGUCCACGGCCGGCGGAGCAAGCCCGACGAGGGCUCGUACGUCUGCGUGGCCCGAAAUUACCUCGGGGAAGCCGUCAGCCGCAACGCCUCGCUGGAAGUGGCACUACUACGGGACGAUUUCAGGCAGAACCCCACCGACGUGGUGGUGGCAUCCGGGGAGCCGGCCAUCUUGGAGUGCGUCCCCCCACGUGGUCACCCAGAACCCACCAUCUAUUGGAAGAAGGACAAGGUUCGCAUCGAUGAGAGAGAGGACCGCAUCAAGAUCCGCGGAGGCAAGCUGAUGAUCUCCAACGCCAGGAAGAGCGACGCGGGCAUGUAUGUGUGCGUGGGCACCAACAUGGUGGGCGAGAGAGACAGCGAGACCGCCCAGGUCACGGUGUUCGAGAGGCCCACUUUCCUGCGGAGGCCCAUAAACCAGGUGGUGCUGGAGGAGGAAGGGGUGGAGUUCCGUUGCCAGGUGCAAGGAGACCCCCAGCCUUCGGUCCGCUGGAGGAAAGAUGAUGUGGACGUGCCCCGCGGAAGGUACGACAUCAGGUUCGACAAGGACGACUACGUGCUGCGGAUCAAGAAGGCGUUGGCGGGUGACGAGGGCACCUUCACCUGCGUGGCGGAGAACCGAGUGGGGAAGCUGGAGGCGUCUGCGUCUCUCACCGUCAGAGCUCACCCUGUGGCUCCGCCCCAGUUUGUGAUCCGCCCACGGGACCAGAUCGUGGCUCAGGGACGCACAGCCACCUUCCCCUGCGAGACGAAGGGGAACCCGCAGCCCGCUGUGUUCUGGCAGAGGGAGGGCAGCCAGAACCUGCUCUUUCCCAACCAGCCGCAGCAGCCCAGCAGCAGGUUCUCUGUGUCGCCUGGAGGAGACCUGACCAUCACCGGGGUGCAGAGGGCCGACAGCGGCUACUACAUCUGCCAGGCCUUGACCGUGGCCGGCAGCAUCCUGGCCAAAGCCCAGCUGGAGGUCACAGACGUUUUGACAGACAGGCCUCCCCCGAUCAUCCGGCAGGGCCCAGCCAAUCAGACGCUGGGCGUGGACGGCGUAGCCCUGCUGAAGUGCCUGGCGUCUGGGGAGCCCGUGCCUACCAUCAGCUGGCUGAAGGACGGGGUCAGUCUGCUGAGCAAAGACCCACGCAUGUCCGUGCAGGAGCUGGGCAACCUCCAGAUCAGAAACACACGGCUUUCUGAUUCAGGCAUCUACACCUGUGUGGCCGCCAGCUCUACUGGGGAGACAUCGUGGAGUGCUUUCCUGGAAGUGAAAGAGUCAGGCAGUCUGGUGAUGAUUAAGAACAGACAUGAGAGUGACCUCCCUGGCCCUCCCUCCAAACCUCAGGUCACAGACGUUACCAAGAGCAGCGUGUCUCUGUCCUGGCAGGCCGGCCUGGUCGGUGCCUCGCCCGUCUCCUCCUACGUGAUCGAGGCCUUCAGCCAAUCGGUGAGUAACAGCUGGCAGACGGUAGCCGACCACGUGAAGAGCACCCAGUACACCAUCAGAGGCCUCCGGCCCAACACCAUAUACCUUUUCAUGGUGAGGGCCGUCAACGCGCAGGGCCUCAGCGACCCGAGCCCCAUGUCCGAACCGGUUCGCACGCAAGAUAUCAGUCCUCCAGCACAAGGUGUCGAUCACAGACACGUGCAGAAGGAGCUCGGCGAGGUCAUAGUUCGCCUGCACAGCCCAGUGGUGCUCAGCCCCACUACCAUUCAAGUGACAUGGACGGUGGACCGGCAGUCACAGUUCAUCCAGGGCUACAGGGUUUUGUACAGGCAGACGUCCGGGCUGCCCUCCCCGGGUCUGUGGCAGAGCCAGGACGUGAAGGUGCCCGCAGAGAGAAGCGUGGUGCUGUCCGCGCUGAAGAAAGGCAUCGCGUACGAGAUCAAAGUUCGUCCGUACUUCAACGAGUUCCAGGGCAUGGACAGCGAAGCUCGCAUGGCCAGGACCACGGAAGAACCUCCCAGUGCUCCUCCCCAGCAGGUGACUGUGCUCACAGUGGGUAAUCAGAACAGCACGUCUAUCAGCAUCUCCUGGGAUCCGCCUCCCUCAGAGCAUCAGAACGGCGUCGUCCAGGAGUACCGGAUCUGGUGUUUGGGGAAUGAAACGCGCUUCCACGUGAACAAGACGGUGGACGCGGCCAUCCGCUCGGUGGUGGUCGGAGGUCUGCAGGUGGGGGUGCUGUAUCGGGUGGAGGUGGCUGCCAGCACCAGCGCGGGCGUGGGUGUGAAGAGCGAGCCACAGCCCAUUGUCAUCGGUAAGGACGUCCGAGAUGUGAUCGUGAGUGGGAACAAGAACAACAGCAUCACGGAGCAGAUCUCAGACGUGGUAAAGCAGCCGGCCUUCAUCGCGGGCAUCGGGGGCGCCUGCUGGGUCAUCCUCAUGGGUUUCAGCAUCUGGCUGUACUGGAGGAGGAAGAAGAGGAAGAGCCUCAGUAACUACGCCGUUCAGUCGUUCACCUUCACCCCUGCAGUGACGUUCCAGCGUGUUGAUGGGGGACUGAUGACAAACGGAAGUCGUCCUGGACUCCUGAAUUCCGGUGACGCCAGUUAUCCCUGGCUGGCUGACUCCUGGCCAGCCACCAGCAUGGCCGUCAACAGUGGCUCCGCCGGACCCAAUGACCUCGGAAACUUCAGCCACGGAGAGGGGAUGCCCGCCGUCCAGCCCGACAAAUCCGGCACCAUGCUGUCGGACGGCGCCAUCUAUAGCAGCAUUGACUUCACCACCAAGGGCGGGUUUGGCGGCAGUAGCCCCACCUCCCAGGCCACGCCAUACGCCACCACACAGAUCCUUCACUCCAGCAGCAUCCACGAGCUCGCUGUGGAGCUGCCCGAGGCCCAGUGGAAGACCUCCAUGCAGGCCAGGCAGGAGAUGACCAACCUGGGCUACUCUCUGCCCGACAAGAACUGCUGUAAUAACACACUCCUUUUCAUUCCCGACUACCGAUUGGCUGAUGGAUUGUCUAAUAGAAUGCCCCACAACCAAUCACAGGAUUUCAGCACCACCAGUUCCCACAACAGCUCAGAGCGGAGCGGCAGUCUGUCAGGUGGGAAAUGCGGGAAGAAGAAGAAGACCAAAGCAGGAGCCAAGCCCAGCAAGGCCAGCGGCUCGGGCUGGGCAAAUGUACCCUUGCCUCUGCCUCCGGUCCACCCUUUACCAGGCACCGAGCUGGACCACUACCCCAGGGAUGCGCAUGAGGGAGGAGGCUACGAGAGCGAUGGCUGGGGUCCUCAGAUGCCCGUGCAGACCUACCUGCACCAGGGCCUAGAGGACGAGCUGGAAGAGGAGGAGGAGCGCGUGCCCACCCCACCCAUCAGGGGCGUGGCCUCCUCCCCGGCGGCAGUCUCCUUCGGCAAGCAGUCGACUGCAACGCUUACCCCGUCACCUCACGAGGAGGUGCAGCCCAUGCUGCAGGCACACCUGGACGAGCUGACCCGGGCGUAUCAGCAGAACUGGCAUAUGCAGGGCGGCCCGUACACUCCCCAGGCCCCAGCACCCCCUGUGGGAUACCUGUCCAGCAGCCUCAUGUCCGACAUCGAGACGGACCUCCCUGACGAAGACGACGAUGACGAGGAAGAGGAUGAAGGCUACGAGAUGUCUCCCCCGCUCCGCGGCAUCGAGCGUACGCCAGGCUCCAGCACGGACAACUUGGACAGCUCCGUAACAGACAAAGGCCAGAGGCACCGCCCUGCUAGUCCGUUCUCCACAGAUGGCAGCGUGGUGGGCACACACAGCCUAGGACACCAGCGGGCAGCACGGCCCACACGCAAACCCAGAGGCCCGGGCACCACAACUCAUCGCAGGGACGCCGGUGCCGACGACCUACCUCCACCCCCAGAGCCACCGCCCUGCCAGGGCCAGCGUGGGCAGGGGCCGAGGUGUGCAGGCAGCCCCGCCGAGCGAAAGGUCUUGUCUCUGGAGAGGCAGCCCGCGGUGGGGUUGGAGGAGGUGCAGAGCUCCCUAGAGCGCCAGGCGCGCACCUCUCUGGAGCGCCACCGGCAGGCUCAGGAGAGACUGGGCUCUAUCGAGAGAGCCGAGGAGGCCAGGAGGGCGCAGAAGAACGGCCCCGUCUCAGAGGAGGCCAUGCCGCCCUACAGCAAGCCAUCAUUCCCGUCUCCCGGGGGCCACAGCUCAUCCGGCACGGUGUCCUCCACGUGCUCCACGGGCCCCCGGAAAGGUGAGAGCUGGCGGGGCCAGCACCAGCGACCCGGUGCCGAGCACACCGACUCCGGCUACCUAGGGACCAUCAGCCAGGGACAGUACUCAGGAGAGUUAUAGUGAGCUGCUAUGGCAGGGAGCUCCUGGAGACCCCUUGCCUUGACAACGUAGCCGGUCCACUCCGCGUCCCAAAGCAAGAACUGACCAUCUGACGAAGGCGAAGACGUAAAACAGCAGACUGCAAAUGAGACGUAAAGACGGACAUUCGACCCACAACCUUGAUUUGAUGUUUUCUGUCCUUUCUAGAACAACAAAAAAAAAAACACCUUUGUCAUUAAAAAACAUCAUCCAGAGAAAAAAAGUAAAAAAAAAAAACAUUUUUAAAAACGAAAAAAAAACAAAAAACUAUAAGUUUUGGUGAACUGGGAAAAAGGAAAUCCUAUUUCCUGUAAAUACAUUCUCAACAUUCAAAUUGUUAUUGCAUUGCUAUGCAACCAGUUCUGUUUGCGCCACCUCCUUCAUACACUAUUGGUCAUUUGUAUUAUAUGUCAGUUGAUAGGCUGUGGUGCCAUAAAAAAAGAUUUUGUUGUCAUCCAUCAUUUGUUAAUACUUCUCAUGGAUUUAAUUGUUAUUAUUGUAAUACUUAAUAUGAUUCUAUUGUUUUUCUUUUGCACUGCAAUUUUGGUGACAAGCACAAAAAAAAAAAAAAAACCCACCACCACCAUAGCUCCCACCGACAUGAAGUACCGCGGAGGGGAGGUGUGAAGUUGCUCUACUGUAACUAGAGUAAAGAUAAAUAUAUAGCCAUGUACAGAGAUAUAUUAAAAUAAGACGUGAGGAUCUGUGGCGGCGGUGAGAGACAGAGUCGCACGGACCGUAGUCGGCGGCAACGGGAGUCUCCCGAGGCUAUGACAGAGGGUGGGCGCACCCUCUCGACGUUGGGAUCGCGCUGAAGGGAGAGACGUCGACGCUCGGUUAGCUGGACUGCGGGGAGACGGCGUCAGACCCCCCAUUUGCAAUAAAACUCGACUCGACUCGAAAGUGAUCGUGUUUUGGAAGCGGCCGGUCGUGCGUGUUCAUCCGUGGGUCCUGUUUCGAAUGUGCCGUUGUAUUCUUCGGUCCGCUUAAAGCUGGGAUGCCAAGCGCGGCGUCGCUAUGUCGUCCUUCUCCUCAACCCGCCGUGCGCUCCUAUUUGCUGCCCGCCUGUUCGUGUAGGUCGGCCCUGCUCCUCUCAGAACAUCCGCCAGUAUCGCAGCCACUCUCGCACCGUCCGCGACGAGCGCACGUCCUGCGGCCGGCGGGUGACGUGGGCGCGCAAUCAUGCCAUCAGCUCUGGGAGGAAAAAAAUUCCCUCUCCGGCUCUAGCUCCCUUUGGAUUUGAUGUUUUUGAGCAGUUUAUGCGGUUUUGUGGUUUUUACGUUUCUCCGUGCAAAAGAUGGUUCCUAAGCAUUUAAAACAGGAGCAAUUAUAAAGCCAUAUGAACAAAAUUAAUCUUCAUGUAUGGUUUUUGUUUAUUAAAACCACUGGUCUUAAAAAAAAAGCCAGAAAUUCAUACAUGAAGAUAGGUCUCCUGUUUUAAUGCCUGUGCAUUACCAGAACGUGUACAUGUCUCAAUAAUGACUUUAUUUACAUCUGAUGAGACCCACUUUACAGACAACAGUAUUUAACCUGGCACUUGUUUCUAACUCGGUAUAUUGGAAAAAACCUCCUAGUUAUGGAUCGUUAUCCCACGCAUAGUCAGACUAAACAUCAGGUUGUGGCUGCGUGCGAACUAGUUUGAGAUUUAAGGGGCAGCUCUCAAUUUCUGACACUAAUGUUGUGUAAGAAUGAUUGCGAUGUCACAAUAACACAGACAAUUUAUAACCCGAGUCAUCGUAUAUCUGAUAUGUUCUCGCCCAGGGGGAUUGUUAUUCAUCUUUAAUAUUUAUUCCUGAUUUUAUUUUUUAAGCACGUAAUCCCUUGGGAUUAGUUCACACCUGCUGACAGUUGAGGCGACGUGCCAGGGUUCCAUCGUUUCCAGAUGCGUUUUUAAUCUAUGCAGUCACUCCAGACGCGUAUGCAUGCCGUUACGUAAUCCUAAUCCAGACUAUAGAAGUAGAGCUGUAGAGAAGUCAAUCCAACUUUUGACACGUUAUCAUAUUUGGAGGUUCUAACCAGUUAUCCUGUAGAUAUCGCUGUGCACUACUGACGCAGUGGCCUCGCGUAAGCGCUCGGCAACCAUCUAAUGGCCAAAUUUCCUUCCUGACCGGUCCACCGUGCCGGCCUCGUCAGAAACGGUUUUGAAGCAGAACCAGAAGCAGAGCGGGUGAAAUCGCAGUGAUGGAGUAGAGCAGGUGGGUGCUGUGGCCUCCACAGGGCAGACACUCCUCCUUUCACCUCAUCUCUUUCUUUUCCGCUUUGGGUAUUUUAUAUAAAACUCUACAAAACGUUGCCCAAAAAAGAAUAUUUUUUACUGUUGAGCCUUCAGGAGAAUUUCUUUGGUUGUUUGUUCCUUUUGUUUGUCUGUUUGUUUGCGGGGUUUUUUUUGUUUUGUUUUGUGUUUUUUUUUUUAUAUGAAUAAUGUUGCGGAAGAACGCUCAGAGCUUACAUCUUUCUCGGACUGUUGCCAUAGCCACAUCUCCCUCGGAGCGCGUCUUUUUACUUCUCAUGUCCACUAGUAUGGAAAAUGAGGUGCAGAGAGGAUCUCAGGUUCUUUUACAUAUAUUCUGGUGGUGUUGUGAGCGUGUGUAUAUAUGUGUAUAUAGUCAUAGUAUCCUCACACAAAAGUUCAUUCCGAGGUCGCCAAUGAAAUUCUUCCCCGUUUGUCCAUGGGUCUUUAUUCUCUCAUGCCUGGUAUCCCAUCAGAUGUGCCGGUACACUUUAUGUCCAUAUCCAUAAAGCAAAGAUGUCAGUUACAGAACAUACCAAAUUAAUAUUGAUAUUUCUAAUGUCUAAUGCAUUUAGUGUCUUUUUUAAUGCUGUUUUUUGUUUCCUUUGAAAAUCACAGUGUUGUUGUUUUUUGUAUUUAUUAAGAUAAUAAAGGUAUAUUGUGAAAAAUGCAUAAACAUUUUGUGGAAUAUGAACUGUUUCUCCCACAGCCUUUUCCCUGCUGUGUUCUGACCCUGAGUUCUGCACCUUACCUUACAGCUGAGUGAGUCCGCAGGACCCGAGACGCUCAGGCCGUGUUGUGACCACACUGCUUCCGUGACAAAGGAAAACACAUCUAAAAAGACAAACUUGAGGGAAAUAAUACCAAUAAUAACAUUUUUUCUUUCUAUAAUUUUGGAAGGGUCAGCCAUGCUCUCUCUCUCUCUCACUUUCCCAUCUUGAUAUUGACAAAUCUUUGUAGCCUAUAUGUGUGUUGCCAUUUUGCUAAAAAAAAAACAAAACAAAUAAAACAAAACAAAGGUUAAAAAAGAAUGAAAAAGUUAAAGUCAGGUGACGUCUCUGUGUGGAAGCCCCUCCCUUAUACAUCCGCUUUUCUUCCUGUAAGCGAAACAUCUGUAUUCACUUGCAUGUCCAUGUUCAAGAACAAAGGUAUAAAUAAUAGCGCGAGAACAAACUUUUCCUAUUUCUCAUGUCCUGUAAAAUCAAAUCUGGGUUUCUUUUCUUUCCUUGUACCUGGAUCACAAAUAAAAUAUUUUUGAAAAACGACA